CGUUUUUUUUUAAAUACUUGUAAUUUAUUUCUUUUUUUAAUAGCGAAUGUGGACAACAAAGUCGGAGCAAUUGGUUUUGUAUCGCGAAUUAUACCAGCAGUUUACCCGAUUUCAAUAAUAAAAGUAAAUGCUGAUGGCGAACCGAUCAGAGAUGAAAAAGGACUUUGUCAAGAAUGCAAACCGAAUGAACCGGGUGUAUUUAUAGGAAAGAUAAUACCAAAUAAUCCACAUCGAGCGUUUCUGGGAUACGUCGACGAGAAAGCGUCUGAGAGAAAAGUUAUACAUGACGUAUUCAAAAAAGGCGACUCGGCUUUUCAUUCCGGUGACAUUGUCGUGGCCGACGAAUUCGGUUAUCUAUAUUUCAAAGACAGGACCGGAGACACGUUCAGAUGGAAAGGUGAAAAUGUCUCGACGUCUGAGGUCGAAGCUAUUCUAAGUAAUCUCACUGAUUAUCGUGACUGCGUCGUUUAUGGAGUCGAGGUUACCGGCGCAGAAGGGAGAGCUGGUAUGGCUGCUAUUUUUGAUGAAAAUGAAACAUUAGAUAUUAAUGAACUAUAUAAAAAUAUUAAGGAAAAUUUACCUUCGUACGCAAGACCGCAGUUUAUACGAAUUUUAACUAAAAUAGAUCUUACAGGAACAUUUAAAUUAAAGAAAAAAGAUUUACAAGAAGAAGCUUACAACCCAAGAAAAGUAAACGACAAAUUAUAUUACUUAGACGCUAAAACAGGAUAUCAAUUAAUAACACCCGAAGUUUACGAUCAAAUACUACAGGGAAAAAUACGUUUUUAAAGAAAAUAAACAAACAAGUGUACAAGUUUCGAGAAACAACAAAAUAACUAAAAGAAUGUCAGCAAUGAGUAGUUAAUUAAUCGUAACGAUUAUGCAACACGCGCUUGCGAACAUUGAGAGAAACUUAAAUUAAAGCUCUUUAAUAAAAUUAUUAUUUGUAAAUAUAUCAAGAGGAAUAUUAAAAUAAUCAUUAUUAAAGACAUUGAUGAUGAAUUUAUAUUUAAAUAUCAUGACGGGUGUAGAUGGUGAUACUUAGGAAAAAUAAAUCCGGAGGUAAUUAAAUUAAUUAGUAUAAAAAACAAAAAAAAAGAAGAAUGAUCUGAUCAAAAAAUGACUGCCAGUAUUUGGAAAAAUAAACAGAAGAAUAAAAUGAAUAUUUUUUGGUAAUCGCACAAAA